AAGGUGUAGUAUGAAGUGUACUUACCAGCAGACGACAAACUCUCAUUAUUAUCUUAGUUUAAUGUCUGGUUUAGUUGGGAACAUUCAACUGUGAUAGGAGAUAAGGGACAUAAAAAAAACUACAUAGAAAUCUAAUCAUGUUGUGUCGAGAAUAGGUAUUCCAGAGAGGAUGGUAUCAAGUCAUCUUUCCAAAAUUUUAGCCUUCAGUCUCCUGUGUUCUGUUCUUACUGUCAUCUCUAAGAACAAUUGUCCCGCCAUUGAGGAGCCUGGUGUCAAGUACUUCGAUGUUCGUUUACCAGAACUGUCAGUACCCCAGAGUUUAACUACAUACGUGUGUCAUUCUGUCACGAUACCUGUAACUCUAAAUGAAACAUAUCAUGCAGUUGCAUUUGAGCCUGUGAUUAUUAACGAGGAUGUGAUGCAUCACAUGAUUCUGUUUGGCUGUCCAGAAAAAACGGAGGCAACUGAACCUCAUGCAUGUGGCCCAAUUGAUAACAAGUGUCGAACAUUUUUGGUUCAAUGGUCUAUGGGCAUCAAAGGUCCAAUAUGUUCUUACCCAGAGACAGGAGUUAGAUUUGGUAGCGGUUCUCUUGUGUCUUUAUCCUUACAAAUACAUUGGAACAAUCAACGAGGUGACCUAGGAUUGAAAGACUCUUCUGGUGUUCGAAUUUACUAUACAUCUAUACUCCACAAAUAUGAUUUGGGCAAUGUGCAAAUUGGUCAAAAUGAUAUAGAAAUAUUAGCAGGUCAAGGUCACGUUGAAGUGAGAGGGAGCUGUAGUCCUGCAUGCACGAAACAUUGGUUGCCCCAAGCAAUCUAUCUAACCAGAGUACACAUUCAUCUCCAUUUCAUCGGUGAUGGCGGGGUUUUGGAGCUAGUCAGAAAUGGUGAAAUAGUGCGUGAGAUAGUUCGAGAUGAUUCCUUUGACUAUCACCAUCCUCCCUUUCAUGAUCUACUUGAUGCUGUUGAAGUUCUACCUGGUGAUGAACUAAGAUUGACAUGUUUUUAUAAUUCCCGAGAUGGCUCUAAACAAAGAAAUACAACACUGUACUGGGGAGAAGGAUCUGAUGGUGAAAUGUGCUACGCUUUUGUUACAUACUUUCCAAAAGUAAACAAUUUUGAUCAAUGCAUACAGUUUGACAGAUAUGACAUUUGCUCACCCAAUGGAUUCACAGAUAUGGGUGGGUGUGUUUUUGAAGGAUUUCUCAGAUAUUAUCAAACUCAGUUGGCUCAUCAACUCAUCAAUGAUUGUAGCAGUGGCAAUGACCUAGCAAGUAAUGAUUCAACUCUUUAUGUGAACAAUAUCUGUUCCAAAAACUGUGAGGCUUCUGUUCGGGAGAUGACGGAGAAUCCUUGUAUCCAAGAUAUAAGACUGAGGAAACAUACUAUCAGAAAAUAUUUGAGUCUGGAAGACAGCUGGUCUAAAGUCAAAGUCAUAUUGGAUGCAGCCAAAAGAUAUUGCACUGAUUAAUAAGAAUUGAUCAAGCAUAAAAAAAUUAAAAAUUGUUAACAAAAUA